AGAGAUCCAACUAGGAUUCUGUCUUUCUCGCAACUUUUAACACAUUCAAAGUAAACAUAUACUAAUCCCCACAAAGCAAAAGCUGUCUUCCCUUGAGAGUAUCCUCCAUCUUAUUUGAGCCCAGAACCUGCAUUUGCAUAUGCAUCACAUUCAUGCACAUGAUGAAGAUUUAGGAAGGCCAGUGACCCUUUCCCUCUCUAGAUGCGCAGCCAUGUCUAGAACAACAAAGCUCGUCUCCCUCUUGAUCAUCACCAUCCUGAUCCUCUUCAUCGAUCCUUCACAUUCCUACACCGAUUCAUUCCUCUAUGGAGGCUGCUCUCAGCUGAAAUACGCCCCCGGCUCGCCCUACGAGUGGAACGUCAACUCUCUCCUCACCUCGCUCGUCAACUCAGCCACCUACUCGGCCUACAACAAGUUCACGGUCGUGGCCUCGAGCCCGCAGGACGUCGUCUACGGGCUCUUCCAGUGCCGGGGCGACCUCUCCAUGCCUGAGUGCGCCGCAUGCGUGGCCCACGCAGUGAGCCGGCUCGGGUCCGUCUGCUCCCACACGUGCGGAGGCGUGGUGCAGCUCCAGGGGUGCUAUGCCAAGUACGACAACGACACCUUCCUCGGGGUGGAGGACAAGACCGAGGUGCUGAAGAGGUGCGGGCCCUCCGACGGGUACGACGCGGACUUGAUGGGCCGGAGGGACGUGGUCCUGGCGAGCCUCGCGAGCGCCGGCGGCCCUUACCGUGUGGGCGGGUCGGGGAAAGUCGUGGGCAUUACCCAGUGCGUUGGGGAUCUGAGCGCGGGGCAGUGCCAGGAUUGCGUCGCGGAGGCGAUCCGGCGGCUGAAAGGCGAGUGCGGCACGGGGGUGUACGGUGACAUAUUCCUGGCCAAGUGCUAUGCUAGGUACUCAACCAACGGGGCACAGUUGUUCUCCAAGGCGAAUGAUGGAGGGAAAUCGAGGGACAGAGGUACGAAGACGUUCGCGAUCAUCGUGGGUCUGCUGGGUGGAGUUGCUCUGCUCAUCAUCUUCCUGACUUUCAUGAGGAAGGUGUUUCAGGGAGGAGGUAAAUAACGAGGUUGAGAGAAAUUUGGGCAAGAUCCCCCGACCAUCGUGUUUGAUUCUAUUCAUGUCCGAGAAGUCUUGAGGAAUGAAAACGGAGAUGCAUUUGAUCAAACAAUUCAUUUGAAAGGAAUCAAAAUAAGGCAAAGCUUCGAUUUGUUGUGCGCGUGAAGAUGUUGUGAUCGAUUAAAUGCGACAAUUUCAAUCUUACGCUUUGCUCGAUUUUACUUAACUUUUUC